GGGAUGUGGGUAAAAUGUCUGUCUUAAGGCAGACUGACUCUUUAUUUUUAGAUGGUGUCUACCUCCUGUCACAAAACUUCAUCUUUGGAGCGGACAGAGGAUGCAGGUGAUGAUGAUGAGGAUGAGGACUUGGACAUCUUUGGAGGUUAUGACAGCUUCCGAGGCUACAACAGCAGUAUGGGCAGCGAGAGCAGCUCCUGUCUGGAUGAGUCUAGUGAUGAUGAGGUGGCAGACCGAGAAGCUGGAGAGCUUCCGAUCUCUCCUGUGCACCAGCCAUCCACAGUGCGGCUCCCAGACGACAGUGGCUCCGAGCCAGCUGUGUGUGAGAUGUGUGGGAUUGUGGGCACCAGGGAGGCUUUUUUCUCCAAGACCAAACGUUUCUGCAGCGUCUCCUGUUCGCGAAGCUACUCCUCAAACUCCAAGAAGGCCAGCAUCCUGGCUAGACUUCAGGGGAAGCCACCAACGAAGAAAGCUAAAGUUCUGCAUAAGGCAGCCUGGUCAGCCAAGAUCGGGGCUUUCCUCCAUUCACAGGGCACAGGGCAGCUGGCUGAUGGGACACUGACAGGCCAGGACGCACUCGUCCUGGGCUUUGACUGGGGAAAGUACCUGCAGGAACAUGGCUUCAAGGCAGCUCCUGUCAGUUGCUUUAAACAUGUGCCGCUCUUCGAUCAGUGGGAUGAUGUGGUGAAAGGUAUGAAAGUGGAAGUGCUGAACAGUGAUGCUGUGCUCCCCAGCCGUGUGUACUGGAUUGCAUCCGUCAUGCAGACUAUAGGGUACCGGGCCCUUCUGCGAUAUGAGGGCUUUGAGAAUGAUGCUAGCCAUGACUUCUGGUGCAAUUUGGGCACAGUGGAUAUUCACCCCAUUGGCUGGUGUGCCAUCAACAGCAAAAUCCUGGUACCACCACAAAGUAUCCAUGCCAAAUACACUGACUGGAGGAGUUACCUCAUGAAAAAACUGGUGGGAGCCAGGACAAUCCCAGUGGAUUUUCACAUCAAGAUGGCAGAGAGCAUGAAGUACCCGUUCCGGCAGGGCAUGCGGGUGGAGGUGGUGGAUAAGAACCACGUCUCCCGGACGCGCACGGCAGUGGUGGACACAGUGAUCGGGGGCAGACUGAGACUCCUGUAUGAGGACGGUGACAGUGAUGAUGACUUCUGGUGCCACAUGUGGAGUCCCCUCAUCCAUCCUGUGGGCUGGUCACGGAGAGUGGGCCACAACAUGAAGAAGACAGAAGAAAAACGCAGUGAAAUGUCAAACCAUCCCACCUUCCGGAAGAUUUACUGUGAUGCUGUCCCCUAUCUGUUUAAGAAGGUACGAGCUGUCUAUGCUGAAGGUGGAUGGUUUGAGGAAGGCAUGAAGUUGGAGGCCAUUGACCCCCUGAAUCUGGGCAACAUUUGUGUGGCCACAGUUUGCAAGGUCCUCUUGGAUGGGUAUCUCAUGAUCAGCAUCGAUGGAGCCACAUCUGAUGAUUGCUCUGACUGGUUCUGCUAUCAUGCGUCCUCACAUGCCAUCUUCCCUGUCAAUUUCUGUCAGAAGAACAACAUCGUUCUGACCCCUCCAAAAGGGCAAGACGCAAGGACCUUCAACUGGGAAAGUUACCUGGAAAAGACUAAAUCAAAACCUGUUCCAUCACGACUCUUCAAUACAGACUACCCAAACCAUGGCUUCAAGGCAGGCAUGAAGGUGGAAGCAGUGGACCUGAUGGAGCCCCGGCUCAUCUGUGUAGCCACAGUGAAGCGUGUGGUCCACCGUCUCCUUAGCAUCCAUUUUGAUGGCUGGGACAAUGAGUAUGACCAGUGGGUGGACUGCGAGUCUCCAGACAUUUAUCCUGUGGGGUGGUGUGAGCUGACAGGCUACCAGCUUCAGCCACCUGUUGUUCCAGAGCCCACAACUCCAGCGAAGGCCAAGGAGGUGCUCAAGAAGAAGAGGAAACCCUAUGGAAAGAAGAGAAAAAAGUUACCGAUCAAAACCCGCAACAUGAAGCAGACUGCCAAGAAGCCGCCUGCUACGAAAGCGAAACGAGAAGCAAAAGCUGCCAGCAAGGCUUUGCCAGAGCCAUCACCUGAUGAGAUCAUUGCCGUGCAGGUGAAAGAAGAAACAAUCGACCCCUCAAUAGCAGAGUUUGAAGACACAGAACUUCCUGUUCCUAUCAGCAGCAUAAAGCAGGAGGAAGUCACAGACUGAUCCUGGAGCAUCCCCCAGCUGCCCACAGCAGCCUGUACUUCACUUUUCGUGGCCCUCUGGGGAGGGCCCUGGCAAAGGGAAGCAGAAGACUACGAGGGCCUUCGCUCUUUGGGGCAGAUCACUCUGCAACAGCACGACUCUGUUUUCCUGGUGUGCAAGAAAACUUCCCCCAGAUUUGUAAUUUUAAUCCCUGGGAGCCAGACUCCAGAAAGGCCACAGGCACACUGAGGAGUGUGACCAGGCUGGGGUUGCCUGUGCCUGGCUUUGGAGGUGCCUUUGAGCAGGAGCUCCCAAGGGGGAAGGAGGCUGCCAGAGCACAAAGGGGCAGUUUGGGUUCUUGGCUGUGCCUGGAGGUAGUGAGUUACAGUCCAAGAUGAUGUGUGCAGGUCACAUGUGUCAGGAAAUCGGAUGCCCUUGUAGGACAUCAGUACUGUGCUCCCUCUUCUAAGCCCUGAUACCCUUGAGAAAGUCAGCACAGGAAGAGUAGAAAGAGGUGAAAAAAAACCCCAAAAAGGGAUGAUGAUGGCUCUUGGGGGAGCAAGAGACCCUUUUGAGUGUCGUCAUUCCUUGGUUUUGAACCCAGAACUGCAGAGGACAUGGUGCACAGUUUGAAGUUUAAACUUUUUUAGCAGUCCUACUGUAAACACAAUCUACAGUCUGGACCUUCAAGCCCUGUGAAUUAAACUCAAGGAAGAGGCCAAAGGUUUGUUUAUUUCUUUCCGGGCCACCAAAAUACAAGGUUUUAGGGAAGGAGAAGAGGGCUCUAAGUGCAUCAGUAGAAGUCGGUAGUGGUUUGGGUUUGGGUUUUUAUGUUUUUUGAGGGAUGCAGUAGCAUUUUUCUGUGCACUUGUUGCUGUUAACGUGCCAGUUCUGCAUAAGGGCUGACUAUGACUUUUGAUAACUUAAGGGAUGUCAUUUCCCAUUUUAGGGCAAAACAGUAAUAUUCCUCUGUCCAGACAGGCCUCAAAGUUGAGGAGGAAAAGCAGAAAGGUCAGUAUGGCAACAGUGAGGAAAACCAGUUUUAAAUCUGGAGCAGGUCCCUGUGAGCUGUCUGCAGGUGAGGAUGUGUCUGGCAGUGCCACUGCGAGGCAAGCAAGUGCCUCCUUGUCAUAUCCUGCAGGGACAGCCUUGGCCAUGGAAUGACUGCCUCAGCCAUGCUCCCUCAAGCUCCCAGGUGAGAGCUUGUCAUGCUAAAACAGUUCCUGCUUUUCAUGACCAAAAAGAAUAAAUGUUGGCAAGCUGUCUAUAGA